AUGGUUUCUCAACUCUUCGAAGAAAAGGCAAAGGCCGCUAAUGGACUCCCAUCCAACGUCUCCCAGGAUGAAAUGCUCCAGCUCUACGGUCUCUACAAACAGGCCACCGUUGGAGACAACAACAAAGAAAAACCAGGUAUCUUCAACAUGAAAGACCGCUACAAGUGGGACGCAUGGGACAAGCUCAAGGGCACGUCCCAGGAAGACGCCGAGCAGCAGUACAUCAAGCUGGUCGACGAACUAACUGCCAAGUACUCCAACUAG